UGGACGACUGAGAUUGAUCCUUGCCAAGCCAUCCUAGAUUCUUGCCCCUACCCUUAAAUUCCCUUCCCUUCCUCUCCAUAGAGCCUUUCCUGCUCUUCUCUCUGCGUUUCAUAAUAAGAGGCUUUUUUCGAACGUUCUCCAGAUCCAUCCCACUGUCUUUUUAUCCGAAUUUCCCGAUUCAUAAAUGUAUGAAUUAAUUUCUGUUUCCAAUAAUCAUAACUUUGGGAUUCCGCUUCUUUUUUUUGUCCUUUUGUUUUUAAAUUUACGCUCUUAAUCGUUUCAAAUUCAAAUUCAUUCUUUUUAAUUCUGGGUGUACAGAAUCAUUUUUCAUCAUAUUUAUACUUGUAUUUGCUGAUUUGAAUCCACCUGUAUUUAUUUAAGUAAGAAAAAACCCUAGGAUGGAAGAAUGUAAUACGGCAGCAGUUGGAGAUGUAGAGGAGGGUGAGAUCUCAGAUUCGGCAUCGGUUGAAGAAAUCAGUGAGGAUGCCUUCAAUAAGCAACAAGACCCACCUACAUCUACUGCUACUACUAAGGUUGUCAAUUCGAAUAAUCAUAAUCAAAAUCAAAAUCAAAAUUCGAGUACUAGGGUUUGGACCAUGAGAGAUGUAUAUAAGUACCCAAUCUCGAGGGACUACGCACGGGGUUUGUAUAACCUGGCUUGGGCUCAGGCCGUGCAGAAUAAGCCUUUAAACGAACUCUUCGUCAUGACUACUGACGACAACUCCAAGCAGUCUGUGGAAUCUUCUUCUGAUAUGGUGGAAAAGGUCAUCAUUGAUGUUGACGACGAUGCUAUGGAGGAAGGAGAAUUGGAGGAAGGCGAGAUCGACUUGGAUGCUGAGGUCCUUGUGGUAAAUGCUGGUGCUACCAAUAAUGAUGAUCAACUUGACUCCUUUCAAACUUCAAAUGUGAUUAGGGAACAACUUCUUAGUGUUACUAUAGACGAAAUGGAGAAAUCCUUUCCUGUGGUCUGUUCCAAAUUGCAAAACUCAUUGGACAGCGUGAGGGAACUAGCUGCUUCUCCAGAUUCCGACGAUCUGGUUCGACUGUUUAUGACUGCAAUUCAAACCGUAAAUUCUGUUUUCUGCUCCAUGAACCAGAAUCAGAAGGAACAGAACAGAGAGAUUCUAUCUAGGUUACUUCUUCACGCAAAGAGCCAAGUACCUUCUCUUUUGUCUUCUGAGCAGUUAAAAGAGGUGGAUGCGGUGAUUCUCUCUAUAAACCAGUCAGCUGUUUCUUCAAUUACUGAAGACAAUGACCGGGACAAUGGGAUCAAAGUUGUUGAAGUGUUAGAUAUGAAUGAUUCUCAUACAUCUUCUGAAAAUGCAAAUCAGGAUUCUACUUCUCUAAAGAAGUGUGAUUUAGAUGUUGAGUCUACCAAAUCUUCAGGUCCUAAGGAGCAGAAUGUGUCAUUUGAAUCUUUAAAACCAGGAUUAGCCAAUUCUAAAGCUAGACGGUUAUCUGUUCCUCUGCUAGAUCUCCAUAAGGACCACGAUAUAGAUACUCUUCCGUCGCCUACACGAGAAAUUGCACUAAUAUUCCCUAUUGCAAAAGCAUCCACGCAGGCACAUGGAGUGGUGAAACCGGAGUUGCCCAUGUUUACGGGUGUUCUUGAGAAAGGGAGCUCCUUAUUGCAUCCUUAUGAAACUGAUGCCCUUAAAGCUGUUUCCUCCUAUCAACAAAAAUUUGGUCGAAGUUCCCUUUUUGUUAGUGAAAAGUUUCCAAGUCCAACCCCAUCCGAUGAGGGUGAUAGUGGGGAAGGGGACACCGGUGGGGAGGUUUCCAGUUCUAAUGUUGGACAUAAUGCCAGCAUUCUGAAUACAUCUAGCACUUGGCUACCAAUAGUUUCUUCUGUUCCCCCGACAAAUAUUCUGGCUGGACAAGGACUUGGAACUGCUCGGAAUGCAGAUCCUCUUAGUUUUCUGCCAAAUCCUUCUUUGCGAUCUUCUACUGCAAAAAGUAGAGAUCCCAGACUCAGAUUGGCAACCAGCGAGGCGGCUGCUCAGAACUUGAAUAUGAAGAUGUUGCCUAUCCCAAACAUUGAUUUAAAAUUAGAGGCUUCUUUAGAGAUGAUACAAUCAAGAAAGCAGAAGAUAGCAGAGCAACCAGCUUUUGAUUCUUCAUUGUUGAAGAGACAAAGAAGUGAACAGACUGACUCAAUCAUUGUGAGUGAUGUGCGACCUUCGACUGGAAAUGGUGGUUGGUUAGAGCAUAGAGGAACUGCGGGAUUGCCAAUUACGAGUAGUAACUAUGUUACAGAUAGCAGUGGCAAUGGCACUAGGAAAUUGGAGCAAGUAACAAGUAGUGUCUCUACUAGCAAUACUAUGCCCAGUGUCAUAGUUAAUGCUGAUGUGAACUUGCCAUUGACUGGUACUUCUGCAAAUUUGCAUUCUCUAUUAAAAGACAUUGCUAUAAAUCCAUCAAUAUGGAUGAAUAUAAUCAAGUUGGAACAGCAGAAAUCUGCAGAUGAUUCUAAAACUACCACACUAGCUUCUAGUUCUAGCUCUAUUCUUGGAGCAGUUCCAUCAACGAAUGUAGCUGCUUCCAGAACUUCUAUGAUUGGGCAGAGAUCAGUUGGAAUAAUUCAGGCUCCUACACAGACAGCAGCAGCAGAUGAAGUGGCUAAAGUCCGGAUGAAACCCCGCGACCCUCGGCGUGUUCUUCAUAAUACUGCAGUUCAAAAGAGUGGGAAUGUUGGAUCUGCUGAUCAAUGUAAAACGGGUGUAGCAGGCACACAAGCCAUGACAAGCAGUCAUUGUGUCCAAAGGCCAGAAGACCAGUUGGAUAGAAAGUCAGCUGUGACACCUUCUACUACACCACCAGACAUUGCUCGCCAAUUCACCAAAAAUUUGAAAAAUAUCGCUGAUAUGAUCUCUGUUUCACCAACAUCCACGUCACCAGCAGCUGCUUCUCAAACUCCAACACAACAUAUGCAAGUUCAUCCGAGUAGAUUGGAAGGAAAUGGGGCAGUUUCUGAAUCAAGUGAACUGCUGACUGAUGCUGGCUUAGCUUCUGGAAAAGCUCCUCCUGAUUCAUUGCAACCGCAGAGCUCUUGGGGAAAUGUUGAGCAUCUAUUUGAAGGGUAUAGUGACCAGCAGAGAGCUUCUAUUCAGAGAGAAAGGACUAGGAGGCUUGAGGAACAGAAAAAAAUGUUUUCUGUUCGGAAGCUCUGUCUUGUCUUGGACUUGGACCAUACUCUUCUCAAUUCAGCAAAGUUUGUUGAAAUCGACCCAGUCCAUCAAGAGAUCUUGAGGAAGAAAGAGGAACAAGACCGUGAAAAACCUUAUCGGCACCUCUUCCGGUUUCUGCACAUGGGAAUGUGGACAAAAUUACGGCCUGGGAUCUGGAAUUUCUUGGAAAAGGCUAGCAAGCUUUUUGAGCUGCAUCUCUAUACCAUGGGGAACAAGCUAUAUGCCACGGAGAUGGCAAAAUUGCUAGAUCCAAAAGGGGAUCUGUUUGCUGGACGAGUGAUCUCCAGGGGUGACGAUGGAGAUCCACUUGAUGGGGAUGAAAGGAUUCCUAAGAGUAAGGACUUGGAGGGGGUUUUGGGCAUGGAGUCUGCUGUUGUGAUUGUAGAUGAUUCUGUGAGAGUCUGGCCACAUAACAAGCUAAAUUUGAUUGUUGUGGAGAGGUAUAUUUACUUUCCUUGCAGUAGACGACAAUUUGGUCUCCCUGGUCCUUCUCUUCUUGAGAUUGAUCAUGAUGAAAGACCAGAAGAUGGGACAUUGGCCUCUUGUUUGGGGGUUAUUCAAAGAAUACAUCAGAAUUUUUUUGAACAUCGGUCCAUAGAUGAAGCUGAUGUUAGGAACAUCUUAGCCACAGAACAACAGAAGAUUCUGGCAGGUUGCCGUAUUGUCUUCAGCAGAGUAUUUCCUGUUGGUGAAGCCAAUCCUCAUUUUCAUCCUUUGUGGCAGACAGCUGAACAGUUUGGUGCUGUCUGCAGUAGUCAAAUUGAUGAGCUGGUUACCCAUGUGGUUGCCAAUUCUCUUGGGACAGACAAGGUUAACUGGGCGCUUUCCACUGGUCGAUUUGUUGUUCAUCCUGGCUGGGUGGAGGCAUCAACUUUGCUUUAUCGGAGGGCGAAUGAACAUGAUUUUGCUAUUAAACCUUAAAAUUAACACCGUUUCCAUCUUUUGAUAAAGAAAGCGAAAAAAGGUCCAGAGAUGAAAUCAAGAAUUGGAUGGGUGUUAGAAACAGAAACAAUAGGGGUGAAUGGAUUGUGGAUUAGCUUAAUCGGAAUCCGCCCAAAACGCCUUUGCUGCAUUUGGCCUGUCUAUAGCAACCCUAGGGACAACCUUGGCUUGACCAAUUUUUCACAUCCUCACUUGGGAUUUUGAUUAUUCCGAAUUCCAAAGUAGAAUGGCGCUGCGGCUUUAUUUACGAUGAGUAUUGCGUAGCGCGUGUUCUAUUCAACCACAUAAGAACACAUUGAUUCUGUAGCUGAUGAAAAGGGGAAGGAGGCGAUGAGAGCUUAUCUAGUUAUCUGUUUGGAGACAUUCGAUAAAAUUGGAAACGGAUAAAAUCAUUAUACACAAUUUAAGUUUUCAGUGAAUUGGGUAACUGGAAUCCCUUUAGUGGUGGCAAACAAGCAAUUAUUGAAUGGAAUAAUGAAAAUUGUUGGUUGAUUAAUAUGCCAACUACACCCCUCGAAUAAGGAAUUAUGACGAUGUAAUACGUCUCUAAGCCGAAAAGGACAUUUCGAAGUUCCCUGCUUUUAUCGGCUUAUCUGCCAUUCGUUUUUAUUUUAUUUUCAUUAAUUUUAUAAAUUUGUAUAGGUAAGAUUUUUGCCCGCUACUCCCGAAAGAGUAAUUUAAUAGCUUUAUGACUUUUAAAUAACAAUAAAGUAAAUCUUCAAGGUUA